AUGCCUUCAACACACAACAAGGAAAAGGCCUGGGAUACAGAUGAUAUUGAUAAGUGGAAGAUCGAAGAAUUCAAACCCGAACACAAUGCUGCAGGCAGUUUCGCCGAGGAGUCCUCGUUCAUGACCCUCUUCCCCAAAUACCGCGAACAGUACCUGAAGGAAGCAUGGCCGGUGAUCACACGCGCGCUGGAGAAGCAGGGCAUCGCCUGCACACUGGAUUUAGUGGAGGGCAGCAUGACCGUGAAGACGACAAGAAAGACCUACGACCCCGCAGCGAUCAUCAAAGCCCGGGAUCUGAUCAAGCUCCUCGCGCGUAGCGUACCCGUGACACAAGCGAUGAAGAUUCUCGAAGACGGCGUCGCAUGUGACGUGAUCAAGAUCCGCAACCAGGUGCGGAACAAAGAGCGCUUCGUGAAGCGACGACAGCGUAUUCUCGGCCCGAACGGUUCAACUCUCAAAGCACUCGAGCUGCUCACCAGCACAUACAUCCUGGUCCAGGGUAACACAGUGGCCGUGAUGGGUCCGUUCAAGGGACUGAAGGAAGUGCGCCGGAUCAUCGACGAUUGCAUGGCAAAUAUCCACCCUAUCUACCACAUCAAGGAGCUUAUGAUCAAGCGCGAGCUUGCUAAGGACCCGACCCUGGCGGAAGAGUCCUGGGACCGGUUCCUGCCCAACUUCAAGAAGCGCACUCUGUCCAAGCGCCAUGUGCCAUUCAAGGUUACCGACAAGGAGAAGAAGGUCUACACACCAUUCCCGCCUGCCCCGGAGAAGAGCAAAGUCGAUUUGCAGAUCGAGUCUGGAGAGUACUUCUUGUCAAAGGAGGCCAAGGAGCGCGUUCACAAGGAGGAGGUUGUCGAGCGGCAACGCCUCAAGCGCGAGGAGAAGAUGCGCGAGCGAGAGAAGGACUUUGUUGCUCCCGAGGAGGCUGUGCCGGCCGAUCUCGAGGAAAAGAAGAAAAAGAAGGACAAGAAGGAGAAGAGCAAGCGGAAACGCGAGGCCGAGGCGGAUGUCGAUGCAGACGAGGCUGCCGAGCGCAAGGAGAAGAAGAAAAAGAAGAAGAGCAAGUCCAAGGAGGCUUCUUCCGAUGGGGAAUGA